AUGACGGAAAGGGGCUCGGUGGUCGAACCACCUGGAGGAGCUGAAGCUCCUGGACUUCCGGCUGUGCCGGACAGCGCUUCGGAUAGCGCAUCAGGAGCUGACUAUAGCUCCGAGGAUCGUGAAGCCAAAGUGAAGGUGGAGACGGCUGAGCCCGCUCGACUGGCAGAGCCAGGACGCCCGGCAGCGCCGGAGCAACUUGUAACGGCAGAGCCGGACAAGAAAGAUGAAGCUGCUGCGGUUCCCAAUGCCGGUGAUGCAGAGCAUGGGGACCGACGGAAGAGAAGGUCCCGCCACAGGACGUCAGAUAGCCGAGAUGAUGCGCGAGAAGAGCGCGAAGAGAGAACAAAGAGGAGAGAGCGCCAACAGGCGUUGCAGAAAAGCCCAAGUGUCCGAGAGCCGAGGCAAAAGGAUUCCCGACGAGCCCACGAAGGUGGCCGCAAUCGCGGCAGGCGCAAGUCCCGUGAUGGGAACAAGGGCAGCCGCGAGGGAAGCAAAGGCCGAGGCAAAGGCAAGAAGGGCGGAAAGAAAGGAAAGGGGAAGAGAGAUGAUGGAUCCCGCUCGUCUGGCCAAGCCGAAGCUGGGAUGGAAGUUGGGAGGAUGGUUGGAAGGACUCGGGAAGUUCACUCUAUGGUGGAAGAUCCCGAUGAGCCUGGCAAGAGAUCGAAGGGAUCAGAACGACCUCCAGAGCCUGCUGAAGGACCAGUCAAAAAGGAGGAGGAGUCGCCCAAGAGAAAGCCCAGGAAGUUGCCGUUGCCGCGGCAGCCAAUGGGUCCACCUCCACCUCCUCCGAAAAAGGAGUCGCGCACCAAGGAAGAGAAAGGACCAUCACCUCCAAGAGAUGAGCCUUCCCGAAGGUCGGAGCGCCGCAGCGGAGACCGCGACAGAGAUGAGCGCCGUGAAGGCCGUGGUGACGAUCGCGGUCGGCGAGAUGAGGGUCGCGGAAACCGAGAUGCUGAUGGAGGCCGAGACAGAAGGAAGGACGAAGACCGAUCAAGGAGAGGACCUCCCAGGGAGGAAGAGAAGAAGAAUCCAGCCAAGAAGAGCAAGGCUGGGCCGCCGAGCGGUGGCGGUGGUGAUGGAGGCGAUGGACCUGAUGACAGCAGCUAUAAGUAUAGCUACGAAGAAGAGUCUGAGGAGUCGGAGCAACAGACCCCAGACCCGUCAGUCCGAGGAUCGACAGCCGGCAGCGCCCGGUCACAUCGGUCACGCCGCUCCCAGCCUGGCAGCGCCAGAUCGGGAGGGUCCCGCCACCGUGGAGGACAAGGUUCUGAAGCAUCCACGGUGAAGACGCUUGAGUUGCAGGAGAUGCUGCAGAAUGCAGCCAAGAAGCAACAGCCGGAGCGGUCGAAGCCGGCUAUUAGCCAAGUCAAGAUAGAACCGUUCCGCGGCAACAGGGACAAGUACCGUGACUGGAAAAAGAUGCUGGACGCGCAAAGCGAGAGAGGGCUCCAGAGAGUUCUCCGUCUUUUAGAAGACGCCUUUGGUUCCCGUGCAGACGAGCGAUUUGAGCAGAAACAGGAAGCGUAUCUCUCUUAUCGCCGUACUCCUGGCACAAGCAUCGCGGCGUACAUCGUCAACCUUCGCAGGUUGCGCGAAGAGUACUUGAAAGAAGACGAAGGUACGGUCAUUUCAGACCGUGCUUUCGCGCAGAGGAUGCUGAGCAGAGCAGCAUUGACACGGCGUGAACGCUACGACGUGUUCUUCAGCGCCGGUGGCAAGUAUGUGAGCCAACACAUAGAAAAAGGUGCUGCGCGUCAGAUGCUCAGACAUCCACGUUCAGGAGAAGCAACAGUCUCCAAAGCCGAGGACUGCAACCGGCACACUCAUCUGGCCGAGAACGAGGACGAGGAAGAAGACCCGGAUGAGGUUGAUGAGGAAGACCUGGAGCAAGAAGCUCUGAUGGCCGACGAUGAUGAGCAGGAUGAGAUCGAUGAGGGGGAGUACUACGACGAAGAGGAGGAGGAUGAUCGCUAUGAUCAGUAUGAUGACGAAGGUGAGACGGGCACUACCUGGGAGUUGAAGGAGGCUUUUGCGGCCGGAUGGUCUGCGAAGUCCAGAGCUGCCGGGAAGAAGAAGGCCCGGGGCUACUCAGAUGGCCCAUCCUCCUCGAAAGGCGGUGGAAAAGGGAAGCAGCGCAAAGAGUGGCGCGAUCCCAAUGAGCGCAAGAAGAAGUCCUGUUGUGCAGCAUGUGGACAGAUCGGCCACUGGCAUUCCGAUCCGCAGUGUCCCAAGAACAGCGGUGCCAGUGGAGGGACAAACCCUUCAGGGACAGGAGCCAACUUCACAGGAGCAGUUUCCAGCACCCCUGCCAAUGAUGACAAGGAACCCCGUGUCUCACGAGUCAACUGGACGUUCGUGAAUGGCUGGGACAUGGUUGGGGAAUACUCCAGUGCAUCCGAUGCACUUCUCACGUCUCCUGAAGAGUCAAGCGAAAGUGAGGCUGAGCCGGCCAUAUACAGCAAGGCGUCUGAGCCACGCGCCAAAGCCGCGGCAGCGCCGCCAGCCACCAAGUAUAAGGUGGAUUUGAAGAAGGUGUUGCGAGCUUUGGCAACCAUCACUGAAGAUGAGGACGCACUGAAGAAGAUUGAGAAGAAAGAGCGUCGCAUCACCCGAGAAGAAGAAGCUGCAGAGAAAAAGCGACGUGAAAAGGUGCGGCGCGCCCACGAGAGGAUUCAAUCCUUCAAGAGCACCGAUGCUGGAGCACAAGAGAUGCUCACCAUGCUGCCGUAUCUGGACAAGCAAGAAAAGAAACACCUGUAUAACGCCCUCAAACGGGAGCAGGAAGAAGAGGAAAUGAGGCAUUUUCACCAUGACUACGACAGAGAGAUGCUGAAGAGAUCUGGUGAUCGACGUGGAGGAUAUACCGCAAAGGCAGCGCCUCGCCCAAGCACGGCUGCGUCCGGUGCUCGAGGAUCAAAUGAUCCCCCUCCUGCAAAGUCCGAGAACCAAAUGCCGGAACCCGUUCGCAAGAAGAAGUUGAAAGAGUUCCGAUGGCAUCUGUACGAUGCCUCUUUGGAUCGGAAAGGGAAAUGCAAGCCAUCAGAGGCUAGCGACUUCCCAAGCACCAAGGAACAAGAGCUGUGCAAGCACCCAUUCGAAAGGCUGGCAUGGGGCGCGAAUGGAUCCGCCCAUUGGGCUAGCUGCAGAGCUUGCGGCUUGAAGAAAGUGCUGUAUUACAGCCGUGAACAUGGGGCGCUGGCAGCCGAGACGCACCAGGAGUGGCACAACAGAUUCCAACAGAUGUUGGAUAACAAGGGCCUGCACUAUGAGACAGUGCAGCAUGAGGAGAUUUUUAGGUUUGGUGCAGGCAAGCCGGUGCUGAGCACUGAAGCGGUGGUAUAUCCAGUGCAGCUCGGGAUGGAAGGACCGUUGUCCUACCUGAGAUUGGCCGUGGUGCGGCGGACUCGUGAUGAUGACCACGUGGCCCACUGUCCUGCAUUGGUUGGACCAUCGGAGAUGAAGCGAUGGGGUGUUGUGCUGAACUUUUCAGAUGGCACCAUGCAGAUCGGUGAAGGAACCACUUGGAAACCAACGAGGUUCUCAUCGACAAGACACCCUGUGAUUUCCCUGCUUGGCAAUCGAAAGCCAUCAGCAUGGGACACCCCGGAAUUGCGCAAGCUGAAAGAUACCCUGGUCCGAGACCCAUACUCCAUGGCCUUGGUGGCGGUAGCUUUGGAAGAGUCCACAGACUCAGAGGCACCGAAGGUGCAGUCCGAAGCUGAAGAGGAAAGUGAGGUUGAGGAUCUCGCCAGAUGGCAAGAAGGAAUGGAAAAUGAAGCAAUGACACUGUGGGAUGUUGUGAAGCCGCAACUCCCCAAUGACUGUUUCCGCGUGGCUGCGCCACCAAGCGAUGAGGCGUCCAACCUGGGCUCGAUCAGUGACUCUGUGUCAGAGACCUCUCAUGAGGUGGAACUGAGCGAGACAAGCUCGUCCGAGACUGAAGAUGAGUACAUGGAGCGACACACAGUGCUGACAGCUGAUAAUGCUGGAGAUGAAGAAACCUUGAACAAAGGUCAACGACGACGACUGCUGGCUGCGACCAAGCAGAUCGCUGAUGCAGCACGCAAUGAAGCACUGAUGGCCCAGCGGACUAAGAAGGAGAAGGUCCCAAGGCCAAAGAAACUUCCUUGGAAAAUUCUGGAAGUGUUCACAUGGUCAUGCAUGAUUUCCCAAGUCGCGAGUUCGCGUGGCUGGGAGUUCUUGAAACCGGUGGCGCUUGAAAGCGGCUGGGAUCUGCGUUUCCCAGAUGUCCAAGACAGAGCCAUGAACUACAUUGAGGCGGCUGCGCCGGACCUCAUUGUCUUAGCCUGGCCGUGUGGCCCUUGGAGCCCUCUUCAGGCUUUGAAUCAGAAGACUCCCAUGCAGCGCCGAGCCCUGCAGAUGAAACGUCGGCAGAGCCGCAGAACCUUUCUGGCGUUUGCGCGCCGAGUCGCACAGUAUCAGAGAGCUCGGGGAGGUGCAAUAGUGGGAGAAAACCCAGCACCAUCCAAAGCAUGGGAACAGGAAGAGAUUCAAGAGGCCUUCAUGGGCUUGGAACACAAAGUGAUGGAUCAGUGCCGGUACGGCCUACGACAUCCAAUCACCAAAAUACCGAUGAGAAAAAGGACCCGGCUUGCAGGCCAGAAAGAGGUCCUCAAAUAUAUGGACAAGAAGUGUGGCCGCGACCACCAGCAUCACCCCAUUGAAGGCAGUUUCAAGGGUGAAGAUGGAAAGUGGCACUCACUCAGUGCCUUGGCAGGUGGCUAUCCUGUCGAGUUUUGCAAGAACAUCCUGAUGGGCGCGGAGGAGUUUUUGAUCUCCAAUAAGGCCUAUGUAGAGGAUGUCGGAGAAACGGUGCCAGAUGUUGCUGAUGGCAUCGAUGCAAUGGACGAAGAAGAGCGUAUCAAAGAGCUUGAGGAAGAGAAAGUCCCAGAUGUGGAUGAAGCGGAAGAACAGAGACUGGAAGAAGAGCAGAGGCAUCCAGUCCCCAAGGAGGUGCAGAAGGCUGUGAUCUUCGCGCACCGGCAGCUGGGCCAUCCUUCGCGCAGCACUUUGCUGCGGAUGCUCAAGCUGUCAGGAGCAAAUGAGGAUGCCCUGCGGUUUGCCAAAACGUGGAAGUGUGACGUGUGUGCCAUGCGUCAGCCACCAAAACACCCACGUGCAGCCCGCCCGUAUGGGUUCAACUUGCAUGUGCACGUGGAUGUGAAGUAUCUGCUGGAUGCCCGGGGCAAGAAAUAUCCAGCUCUGAGCAUUGUGGAUGUUGGGACACCGAAACAUGACUGCCAUCUCCUCAAGACGCGCCGCAGUGAAUACACGGCAAAGAAGUUCCUGAAAAGGUGGGUCACAGUCUAUGGGCCUCCCAAAGCCGUGACUCAUGACCAAGGUGGAGAGUUUGAGCUGGCUUGGAUCCAAUUGAUGGAAGACCUGGCCAUUCCAACGGAUGUGACAUCAGCUCACGCACCUUGGCAGCUCGGUAUUGGCGAACGCCAUGGAGGAAUCCUUGGAUCAAUGGUCCAAGCAAUAGUGGACGAGCAUGGGUGCGAAGGUUUCUCGGCCCUCCAAGAAGCGGUGGCGGCAGCUUGCAUGGCGAAGAAUGCCACUCUCACGCGGGAUGGGGAUACCCCACACCAACGGGUAUUCGGAUUUGAGUGCCGGUGGCCCUCACUUCUGGAUGAGAAUGCAGCACCCAGCUUCGCAGAAGGACUGUCCAUUGAGUCCGAGGUGAGCCGAGCUCACAAAAUGAGGAUCACUGCAAAGGUGGCGCUGGUGAAGCAGGAUGUGAGGGACAAGGUGCGGCGCGCCGUGUUGAGGAAGCCUCAAACAUCCGAAGGGCCGUUCCUCCCAGGAACACGUGUGUACUUCUGGGUACCCUCCACGACAAAAGGGAGGUACCGACCAGGAGGACUCUGGCGUGCCCCAUCCACAAUCAUCACCAAGGAGCAAGGCAAGCGCUAUUUCGCAUCAUGGCGCGGACGCCUACUCCUCUUAGCAGAGGAGAACCUCCGACUGGCCACACGUGAAGAGUUAGCCCUUACAGAGGAGGUGCGAGACGAAAUGGUCGACCUUGGAGAUGUUUUGAGAGACCCAGCGAGGUCAAACAUCUACGAGGAUCUGAGGCAGAAACCUCCACCUCCGAGGCAGCGCCCUCCAAGGAGGAAACGGGAAGGGCCGGCAGCGCCAGAGCCCGAAGUUCGGAAACGAGCAAGGCUGAUGCUCAGAGGAAGCAAGGCCAUUCGAGGUCUUAUGCAGAAAUACGCAAAGAUGACAGGGAUGCCAGGACAACCGGCAGUUGCCCCAAGAGCUCCCAAGAGAAAAAGGAUCUUGGAUGGUCCUGUUGAGGAACCAGCGGCGCUGGAACAUCAGGAAGUUGCUGAAAAUCCUGCCAUUGAGGAUGGAGAGGCAGCUGGCGAUGAUCAUGCUGAUGACGAUGUUGGAUCAGGGGGCUACACACCUGGGACCCCUAUAGAGGAAGAUCCUCCAGAGGAGGCUGAACUGCCAGAGCAGGUGCCUGAAGCAGUUCCUCUGGAAGAAGAGGCUGCGCCUCCAUCAGAAAAUCCGCCAAUGCCGGCUGCGCCGGAAAGAACAGGAUUACAGCAGGAUUGGAACAGAGCACUUCGCGCACGACGUGCAAGGCGGAGCGACUUCCGAGAACAGCUGCUGGAUGAUGUUCCGGGUUCAGUCAAGAGAAGGCUGGAAUUUACCCAGCAAGAGGACGACACGCCGCCGGUGAAGAAACAGAGGGUCCAUGAAGGACUGACAGUGCACGCUAUGAUGGGUGCAGCAGAGGAAGGUGGACUGCAGAAUGAAUGGAUAAGCCGGUUUGAGAUAGAUCUGCUCAAAAGACUUACUGGACUUCCGGUGACUGCCGCAAGGAUCCACCGUGCACCGAGAAAGAGGAUGCAGAAGCCACCCAAGAUGAUUUCCAGAGCCAGGUUGUCCAUUUUAUUGGGCGAAGACCCUGGUGAUAUCUUUGUGGUGGAAGAGACGGCAGCUCAGGUGAAAGAUCAACCUAGGAGGAAAGCUGAGGAUAAGGGCCCACCACCAAAGCGAAAUGACCAGCUGUUUUCAACGAAGAUUCAGCUCCCAACCGGUGUCUACGAGGUGAUGCUCACCUGGGAAGAAAGGCGGGAGUUUGAAUUGCAGUACGUCCAAGACGUGAAGGAUGUGCUGGUCGCAGAGGUGAUGCUGCAGAAAUUGAAGGCCAGUGGGAAGGAACUUGAUCCGAAGGCCUUCAACGAAGAAGAGAAGAGAGCUUUCGAUGCUUCGGACACACAGGAAUGGAAGCAGUGGCUGGACAACGGUGUGGUCCGAAAGCUGACGUCGGCCGAAGCCGCGAAGGUUCCCCGAUGGGAAAUCUUCAAGAGCCCACUAAGAUGGGUGAGAACCAAUAAGACAGGCAACCUGCUGUUGCCGCUGGUUGCGAAGAGCCGUUUGGUGAUCCCUGGACAUUUAGAUCCUCAGCUGGGAUCUUUCAGAGCUGACAGCCCUACGGUGUCGCUGCAGGGUGUGCGACUUACCAAGGCCGUUGCCCAGAGAAAUGGGUGGACCACGGACAGCUUUGAUGUCACGACAGCGUUCUUGAGUGGAGAGAAGACCUCAAGACGCAUCCAUGUGAGGUCACCUGACGGUGGACUGCCGGCUGUGCUGGGGAUCUCACCAGCCAUCAAGGCAGGCGAAUUGCUACAGGUGAUGAAAUCGGCCUAUGGUCUCACCGAGGCACCUCGCCUUUGGUACCUGAAGGCGGUGAAGGAGCUGGAGACAACGCCACUCAAGGAAUUGAGUGCGGCCCGUUCGACCUUUGUCGCCAGCGAGAAAGGCAAGGUGUGGGCGAUCCUAUGCCUACAUGUGGACGAUGGCCUUCUGACUGGCCGAGCGGAUGAUCCGCGAUACAUCGAGCUGAAGGAAGAAAUCAACACCAGGUUUCGAAUCAAAGAAUGGAAGAAACCACCCAUGACCUUUUUGGGUGUUGGUGUUCGAUACGGUGACAAGCCUGGGAUAUAUGACGACAUGUCUUCUUACAUCAAGGAGAUCAGGCUUCCUGAGGUGGACGCUCGUACGAUGUCCGGAAGACUGAAUGAGAAGCAGACCACGGCAUACCGACAACUGACCAUGAGGUUGCGUUGGCCGGCAAUGCAAACUAUGCCACAUCUCCUGUACGAGGUGAGCCGCCUGGCACAGAAAGUGACGAAGGCGACCAAGGAGGACUAUUGUGAAGCACUGAAGCUUCACGGAAAAUUCCUAGAGGAAGCGCAGCAAGGCCGCGCCUGCUUGCAUUUUCCGCCCCUUGGGAAGGAGAAGCUCUGCCUGGUGACAUACUUUGAUGCUUCUCUUGGAAAAGAAGAAGAUGGCAAAUCCCAGCUUGGUUCAAUUCACUUCCUGACCACGGUCAAGGUCAAGGAAGGGCCAACUGAGGCCUCAGUGAUUGACUUCACCACCACCAAAAGCUCACGCGUGGUGAGGAGCUCUUUGGCAGCAGAAAGCUGCUCGUUGAGUCAAGCCAUCGAUCGACAUCUCUAUUUGAGAUUAUUGCUCGACAUGCUGACGAGGGGUUAUUAUCCUGUCACUCCAAACUGGAGGAAGGAAAUGAACAUUGAAGGAGUGGUCAUCACAGAUGCCAAGUCGGUAUACGAUCACAUGCAGACGACAGGUCAAAUUCCACAAGAGAGACAAACAAUGUUGGAUCUCUUGGUGGCAAAGGACCAGUUGGAACAGCAAGUUUUCCAACUUAUGUGGGUCCCUACCCAUCGUCAACAUGCGGACGGUCUCACGAAACGCAUGCGAAAUGUUUUGUGGGAAGAAUUCGUCCGGACAGGCAAGAUCUCUCUGCGAGAGACACCUGAAGAAAAGGUGCUAGAAGAGCACCGACGGAAGAUCCGUCAAGGCCAACGGCAGCGCCGCAAGGAGAAGUUUGCAAAGACAACUUCUCCGGCUGACAGUGGCAGCGCCACCAGCCCGAAGUCGCAGCGUGGUUGCACCACCCGACGUAGCGCUAAGCGUGGCAGCGCCACCUAA